AUACAACCAGUACAAUGGCACAUCUCCCUUUACACACCGAUCUCCAUGAUAGCUUUGUUCGUUUCUGGCAUUCUCGUCGCCGUUGGUCACCACCUCUUCUACUCGCGCUUCCAUGGCAGUGCUGUCCUCGGCCGUGAGGACGGCGCAUCGCAGUACACUACUCAAACAUGGAUCAUCCGCUAUGGAACAGCCUUUGCGUUUGUAGCAAAGACUCUGCUGGCUGGAGCGGUCAUCGUCGGCUAUAAACAGCACAUCUGGAUCACCUUGCGCCGAAAAGCAAACACGAUUUCUACUAUCGACGCCGUCUUCGUAGCCACUCACGACUUCCUUGCUUUCCUCAGCCCAUCCUUUUUGUUGAAGGCGAAGAUCCCGGCGUUGCUAGCUUUGGUUGCAUGGUGUCUCCCGCUGGCAGCGUUGAUCACCCCGUCGACUCUUCUUGUUGUACCUGCCAUUCACGUCAACAACACGAUGCUCCCUGUUCCAACACUCGACCUCAACAACACCUUGCUGUAUCGAUCUGAUGGUCUCGGCGACGGCUCAUCACCGGUAGUGCAUCGACUGACGGUAGCUACUGCAACCGGAAUGCAGGUCCUACCUAUGAGGAGAGUCCUAGCCCCGAACACAACGUACCAACACAUCUUCGAUGGGUACUCCCUAAGGUGUGAACAGGCCACGGGAACACGACUCCAAAAUAUCUCCGCUGUAUAUAACGAAACUAGUAAACAGGUAUUGAUACUAGGAAAGGGCCUCGCCGGAUCUGCCGAUAUCAAAUACCUCUCAUUCACCAUGUACGAAGAUGAGAAGGGCACUGUGAUCCAACGAAAUGUCACAGAAUUCGUCUCUAAUUGUGUAUUCGGCUCCACGUAUAACAACUGCCCAAAGGCGGACGUGGGUCCCGUCAUCUGGGCACGGAUGGGUAACGAAAGCAUCACCUGUGCCGCCCAUAGCACCCGUUAUACGCUGGACUUCACGGCUCUAGGAGACACGCAGACCAUUACAGGGGUGGGUUUUGAAUGGAAGGAGCGGGUAAAGAAUGGGGUGGCUACCAAGCUCAAUACAGCAUUAUCAACCAUACUCAACGGAUUCUUCGGCGCCUUCACAGCCGGUGGUAAUGGAGGCGGCAUCUUCACCGAGAAGACGAUGAUCAUCGACACUGCGCUGUUGGAAUCGCUCCAGAGGACUAAUGCAACCCUGAGAAAUAUUGUUCCCCAGGAGGACUGGAUGCCCGCGGAAAAGAAAAAUUUUCCCGAGAUGAUUGAGGAGCUGUCGAGGAAUCAGACACUCAGUCUGUUCAGCACGGAGAAGCUUUGGAUGCCAACAGCCAAUGCUUCCAUGGCGAACGUUACGCAGUCGACCUUCUCCACCGUAUAUGAUUACCGACCGCGUAACCUCUGGCUGGCAUAUGGUAUUGCUAUCGUCUGUUCAUUCGCAGGCGUACUCCUCGGUCUGCAGGCGCUAUGGCUGAACGGCGUAUCGCACGACAAUUCCUUCUCCUCCAUCAUCGCAACGACGCGGAAUAGCUUUCUCGAUAAGCUCACGUUGGGGUACUCGCUAGGUGCUGCCCCUCUGCCGAAGGAUAUUGGACAAACUAAGUUGAGGUUUGGCGAGUUGAGAGGAGAUGGGGAGAAGAUGCGGCCUAGAGCGGGUUUUGGGUUGGAUGAAUCCACACAGCCGUUGAGCAAGGGGCAGGCUAUAUUUUAG